AUGAACUACCCAUACGUCUUUCUUAUCUUCACUGUUGCCUUCUUCCAGAGGUCCCAUGCAAGCUUCGAGCACGCCCACGAAAUUCCCGCAGUUGUCCACUCAGUUCCAGUUGUUGCGUCCAUUCCAGUAGCAGUGCAUGCUCACUACCACCAUCCUAUUGAAGUUGUCCAUCACGCUCAUUCCGUCCAUAGCGGUAAAUACGGACGUCAUCUCAUCGGUGAACCUUUGACUUAUGCACAGGGCAGAAUUGCGUCAUCUCAACAAUUUCAAUGGAACGGUCAAAUAGUUUAG